AAUAGUAACAUAUAAACUGAAGCAGAGGCAACUACACCUGACCUGAAUACAUAAACUCCUGUUGGAGACUUCCUCAUACAUCCACUUGGUCUGGCUUCUAGUCACAUGGGGUGGAGCUCAUAGAUGGGGUUACUUUCAUACACCCCUUUUGGUCUAGGUUAGAAGUUGCAGGUAUAAAAACCUGUACAGCUCCAGCCCUCCCGGUGAAGACUCAAGGUCAAAGAACAAGUUCAAGAUGGUGCAGCGCGUGGCAGUGAUUGGGGCCGGUCCCUCUGGUCUGGUCAGUGUGAAGCAGUGUCUUGAUGAAGGUCUGCAGCCCACCUGCUUCGAGAGCAGUGACGACAUGGGUGGACUCUGGAAAUUCAAGGCAAUUUCAGAGCCGAACAGGGCCAGUAUCUACCGCUCUCUUACUAUUAAUAUUUCCAAAGAAAUGAUGUGCUAUAGUGACUUCCCUAUUCCUGCUGACUACCCAAACUACAUGCACCACUCAAAGAUCCUUAAUUAUUUCAGGAUGUACGCUGAACAUUUUAAACUACUCAAAUAUGUUCGAUUCCAGACCUCUGUGAAAAGCGUAAAACAGAGACCUGACUACACCAGAACUGGACAAUGGGAAGUUGUCACAGAGACCAAAGAUGGACAAGAGGAGACGCAUGUUUUUGAUGCAGUAAUUUGUUGCUCUGGUCACUACACUUAUCCCAAUCUCCCAUUAAAAGACUUCCCAGGAAUUGAGACAUUUGAGGGAAAGUACUUCCACAGCUGGGACUACAAAGGACCUGAAGGAAUGGAGGGGAAGAGAGUGGUGGUGAUUGGCAUCGGAAACUCUGGAGGAGACAUAGCAGUAGAGUCCAGCAGAUUUGCAAAGCAGGUGUAUAUGAGCACUCGGAGAGGGGCAUGGGUCAUUCGCCAGGUGUCAGACAAUGGAGUUCCGGUCGACAUGAAAUACAACACUCGAUUUGUCCACAUCCUCUUCCAGCUUCUGCCUAUGAGUGUCUUGAACUGGAUUGGAGAAGGCAAAGUCAAUGCCAUGUAUGACCACACCAUGUACGCUCUGAAACCCAAGCAUCGGCUGUUCAGUCAGGUUCCUGUGAUAAAUGAUGACCUGCCCCUCAAGAUCCUGUCCGGCUCAGUUAUUAUUAAAACAAAUGUCAAGGAAAUCCGUGGCUCUGACGUCAUAUUCUCAGAUGGCUCUGUUGUUGAAAAGGUUGACGUAAUUGUUUUUGCCACGGGCUACAACUAUGACUUCCCAUUUCUUCCCAAGGAAGUAAUGUACAGAACUGGCCAUCGCGUUGGCCUGUACAAACAUGUGUUUCCCCCGACACUAGAGCACCCGACUUUGGCUGUGGUCGGAUUCAUCCAUGCCCUGGGAGCCAUCAUGACCCAGGCGGAAAUGCAGGCACGUUGGGUCACACGGGUGUUUAAAGGACAUUGUAAGCUACCUCCAACCCCGGCAAUGGUAAAGGCUGUAGAGAAAGACACUAAGGACAUUGAAAAUAAUUACAUAGUGUCCAAGCUAACCCCGCUGCAGGUGGAUUUCGUCACCUACAUGGACGAGCUCGCUGGGGAGAUUGGAGCGAGGCCAAGUCUGCUGUGGCUCUUCUUCACAGACUACCCCCUGUUUAAGAAGGUCCUAUGGGGUCCUGUCACUGCCUAUCAGUACCGCCUUGUAGGACCGGGGAAGUGGGACGGCGCACGCAGGACAAUCUUCACCCAGUUUGAUCGCAUGUACCAAGCUCUGAAGACAAGACAGGUUGAAGAAGAAUCACAUGUAUCCUACAUUGGGAGACUGAUGAAGCUGACUAUGUUUGUGAUGGCUGGCGGAGCUGCUGUCUAUUACGUUCAUAAUCACAAUUCAGACACCAUUCCCAGUCUGAUUUCAAAGAUCCACCCAAUAACUUUAUGGAACAAUCAUCAUUAGUGAAAGUGUCUUGAUUGCAUUGAUAGGAUGUUGGUUUGUUGGAUGCAAUGACUGUAAAACCAUGACCAUUGUUUUAUUAUACUGCCAUACAUUUUAAUAUUAUGUACUCUAGACUAUAUCUUGCUCUAAUCUGUUUGGUCAUGAAUGGAGCUAAAAAACAUUUGAUGACAUGUUUUCUCAUGUAUUUUAACCAUUAUUGACAAAUGGUGUCUGACAAAAUAAUUGUGUGCAGUCAGCACAUUUGACCCCAUAUUAACCCAUACUGUGGAAAUAAGCUAUGUCAAUUAUAAAUCACAUAUCUCUUUAUUUACAGUAAUAACAAAAAUUGAAACUCCAAUUUGUUCAAUGAAUGUAGGAACAGUUCAUUGAGUGUGCCUCCUGGAGAUAAAGCAUUUAAUUUAAGACAUGAAUUUCUCUGUCAUCUCCAGUGGAAUCUGGGCCGAGAGUCAUUUUGAAUCAAAUCAAUGUGUGGUUACACACAUAGGCUCAAUACACUUGGCUAAUUUAUCUGCUGAUCUAUUAAAGUUCAUAUAAUUAUCUUUUAGCUUUAGUUUACAAUAACAUACAGUUUCUUCACAAAGAGGAGAAGGAUUAGGAAACCGUGUAGCUAUUACAAUAAACAUCCCUCUUUUUUUUAGGUACAGGAUAAAACAUAUUUUAUACUGAUGACUGGAUAAAAUGAGUGACGUUUGCAAGGACAAGUGACAUGUUUGUUUGUUUUUGUACAAAGUACAGUACUCUUGCAGUGAUUACUCAAAUAAACUAAAAAUAAGAGUGAGGAAA